AUGUCCGAAAAUAGCGCUUACAGGGAUAUAUCUCUAUUAAAACACCAACUACCCGCCAAUGUUUUCGAAAAGCAGCCAACCCGCGACCUACUAGGCGUGAAGAGACCCAUUAGUGAGCCCAGUCUGCCAAAUAUCCUCGCUGAAUUACGUGAGAUGCAGCGUCUACGCAUCGAAGAUAAAUCCUUGAUUGAUGAUCUGCGGAGACAAAAUGAUCGGCUCAAAUCCAUGCUGCUACGAUACAACAGAGCACUACAGAAGUAUCUGGAUUUAUUGUGA